AUGAAGCCAGUUCAUGAUGAAAAUAGGAACCUAACCAUUAUCUCUGAAUUCAUUCUCCUGGGCCUGCCUAUCCAACCAGACCUAAAGGCCCUUUUUUAUGCCCUCUUUCUGGCCAUGUACCUAACUACAAUCCUCGGGAACAUGCUCAUCAUCCUCUUGAUCUCUCUGGAUUCCCACUUACACACACCCAUGUAUCUGUUCCUCAGCAACCUAUCCUUCUCUGACAUGUGCUUCUCUUCUGUGACCAUCCCCAAACUGUUAAUAAAUAUGGAGAGCAAGAAACCAACUAUUCCCUAUCCUGGCUGCCUGACCCAGAUGUACUUCUUCCUUUUUUUUGGAGACCUGGAGAGCUUCCUGCUAGUUGCCAUGGCCUAUGACCGUUAUGUGGCCAUCUGCUACCCACUGCACUACACAGUAAUGAUGAGCCCCAAGCUAUGCAGCUCUCUUGUGGUGCUCUCCUGGGUCCUAACUACUUUUCAUGCAAUGUUGCAAACUCUGCUCAUGUCUCGAGUAUCUUUCUGUGAUAACAACAUUAUCCCCCACUUCUUCUGUGAUACGUCUGCCCUGCUAAAACUGGCUUGUUCAGAUAUCCACAUCAAUGAGCUAGUACUAUUCAUGGCAGUAGGACUGAUUAUUGUUAUACCAUUCCUGCUAAUUGUCAUAUCCUAUGCUCGUAUCCUCUCUUCUAUCCUCAGAGUACCCUCUGUGAGGGGCAUCCGCAAAGCCUUCUCUACCUGUGGUUCCCACCUCUCAGUGGUCUCUCUCUUCUAUGGGAUGAUCAUUGGACUCUACUUGUGCCCUUCAGCCAAUAACUCCACAUUAAAGGAGACAGUCAUGUCAAUCAUGUACACUGUGGUAACACCAAUGCUGAACCCCUUCAUCUAUAGUCUGAGGAAUCAAGACAUAAAAGGGGCCUUCAAGAAAUUCCUAGAAGGAAGAAAAAUCCCCAACACCCUGGGACUAUAA